ACUAAACUUCACUGUGACCACGUUUAGUAAACGCUCCUUGCUGUUGGCCGUUGUGUUCUGUCACAUUGAAUUGUUGCCAGAACUGUAUAAUGUACAGUGUAAAGGGGUGCUACCUAGCAGUUUUGGUUGUGGCUAUUUUAAUCACCUCUGCCUCUACCAGACGUCUUAACUGGCGGAAAGUCGUCUGUCGUCUCUUUCCUUGCUUCUCCUGUGGGGAGGUCCCAGACCCCCAAAUACCACUGCCAUUCUCCUCCCCGAGUGUAGAGCACAGCUUCCGCAAGGCAGCCGUCUGCUCUGAUGGUUCCCCGUGCUCAUGCAUCGCCAGAGACAUCUUGAAAAAGGAUGGUUCAGCAGUGGAUGCUGCUGUGGCAGCACUUUUCUGCAACGGGGUGGUCAACAUGCACAGUAUGGGACUGGGCGGAGGGUUCAUGAUGACAGUGUACAACCACGAGUCCAAGGAGGCUAAGGUUCUGGAUGCCAGAGAAACUGCUCCAGGUGCCGCUACGAGGGAUAUGUUUGCCGGAAAGACCUCCGCAUCACAAAAGGGAGCGCUCGCGGCAGGGGUUCCCGGGGAGCUGCGAGGAUACUGGGAGGCACAACAGAAAUACGGCCGUCUCAAAUGGAAUGAGGUAGUAGAACCUGCGCUAAAGAUGUGCAAAGAGGGUUACAUCAUGAGCGAACAUCAAAGUAAAAACCUUGGUAUCCAGUCUGGACGGUUCUAUAGUGAUCCUAACUUGAGGGAAUGGUUUGUUGACUCAAAAAACGAUUUCAAGCCUACGGGGAGUCUGAUCCAACCCAAACUGCUGUGCGAAACUCUUGGAGUGAUUGCGAAAAAUGAUGGAAACGCGUUACACGAUGGUCCUCUCACCAAGACGUUCGUUGACGACAUACAAAAGAUGGGAGGCAUUAUCACCGAAGACGACAUGCGGAACUACAAACCAGUAUGGAGUGAUCCUAUCAAAGUGAAGCUCGGUGACGACACACUGUACUCCACGCCUCCUCCUGGUUCCGGCGUCCUCCUCGCAUUCAUCCUCAAAAUCCUUGAAGGAUUCAACAUCACACCAGACAGCAUGAGUACGCUAGAAAAAAAGACAACAACCAUUCACAGGAUGGUGGAGGCGUUUAAGUACGCUUACGCCAAGCGCACAGAAUUGGGAGAUCCGAACAUUGAUACAAAAAUCAAAGAGGUGGUAACCAACAUGAUGUCUGAGGACUACAUUAACAGCAUACGAUCACAGAUCAAGGACGAUCAAACGUUUGAGGACGCCGCCCACUAUGGCGCCGUGUUCUACAACCCUGACGACCACGGCACGGCACACAUCAGUAUCCUUGCUCCGGACGGAGACGCCGUGGCAGUCACUAGCACUGUUAAUCUCAUAUUUGGCGCAGGAGUCACGUCAGAGAGAACGGGAAUCGUACUGAACAGUGGCAUGAAUGACUUCUCCUUACCCGGAGUGAUCAAUUACCAUGGAACUAAGCCAUCUCCCGCCAACUUUAUACAACCAGGCAAGCGAUCGAUGAGCUCCACGUGCCCCACGAUUAUAGUAGACAAGAAUGGAGACGUGCGGAUGGUCCUCGGGGCUGCCGGAGGUGCCUUCAUCCCCACCGCAGUGUCAUGGGUCAUAAUACAACAUUUAUGGUUGGGAAAGUCAAUCAAAGACGCAGUGGAUGCUAGCAGAAUCCAUCAUCAGCUGUAUCCAAUGGAGAUUAGCUAUGAAUAUGGAGUCAUUGCUCCAUUAGUCAAGAACCUUCGAACGCUUGGUCACAAAAUGAGUCGAUUUGAUAGCAGAAGCUCUGGUGUUUUUGCUCUCGCCCAAAAAGACAAGGUCAUUUACGCCAACGCAGAUUAUGUUAAAGUCGGUGAAGUUUGCGGAAUAGACUGAAGAAGAUUUUCAAUGGUUUGUCUGUCGUUUUAAUCUGAAUCGUUUUGCCCGAAAUUUGUUUAAAUUCUUUUUUAAUUUUUCAAAUAUAAUAGUCUCAUCUUUUUUUAUUGUUACUGUAUAUUUGCAUUAUCUUUGACAUUUUAUAAACCACAUUCUUUUACUUUAUUUUCAGAACAUAUUAUAUAGGCCUAUUCUAGUUUUAAAACUUAAAUCCCAAAUUUCAUUGCAAAUUUUCUGUUUUGCAAUAAAUGCAUGAAAUAGUGAUUGUUAUUUCUCACAUUUUGCAGCACCUGGCUCUUUUACAAGUUGAAAACACAACUUAUUAUGGGGAAAAAUAUUUUAUUCAAUUCAAAUUCAUUCAGUUUAACAGCAGUAUUAGUAUUUUAAAGUUAAUUUAUGUGAUUUCACCUAAUAUGAGUGAAAACUAUUUUAACAGUUCACAUAUCACUAGGGGUUGUGACAUCGUUUUGUAAUAAAACUGUUUCAUUAGUAUAUUUUACCACAAAUGUUUUAUUUCUUUACAUUUAAUGAUUUAAUAUUUUAAUCCAUCAUAAGUUUGUAACUCAUUUUCAUGAUAACAAUUUAAAUUUCAAAUCUCAUUUUGGUCUCUUUUUAAUUAAGUUAAUGUACACAAUUCGCAAAGCUUUCAAAUGUGACUGUGAUCUUAGGCUUGUUCAAUACACUAAUUUUAAAGAGCCUCGACAUAAAUUUAAAAUAGCAAAUUUAAAUCGAUGGAAGAUUUGAAUCCUUUCGUCCUGUUGAUCGUGUUCUUGUGAUGCUAGCCUUUUGUUUUUCUUCAGAGUCUACCCAUUACUUAUUAUUGUAUGCACUAUCUAGAAGUUAUUAUUUUGUCUUGCUUAUUAUGAUUCUUUUGCAUCUUGUGUUUAUAUCAUUUGUAUAUCAUGAGCACAUUAUUUACUGAUAUAUCCUCUUGUAUAUCUUCUUGUAACGCUUGCUUCUUGUUUUUCUUCAGAGUCUACUUGUUACUUACUAUUCUGUGCACUAUCUAGAAGUACUAUUAUGAUGAUUUGUAUGCAUUUGUUGUCUUAGAUCAGUUGUAUAACUUUUGCACGUUAACUACUUAUCUUUGUUCACUUAUUGUAUUUAGUAUUGCUUGUUUUUUCUCUCAAAUGUUUACUUUUGCUCCAAUUCAAAACCACCAAUCUCGCCUUAGUAAUUGCGAGUUUGAGUUUAUUUGUUAUUUAUCAUGCAUGCACUAUUUAUUAUUACGUCUUACUCUUAAUUAUGUUUUAAACGUAUAUUGAUUCUUGUUUGAGCAUGAACUAUUGCUGUUUGUAUAACUUUGUUUCUUUGUGCAUGGUACUUGAUGUAUAAUGGUUUUGGCUGUAAAUAAAUUAAUUGAAUUGAA